CUGUCAUUCGGUUGUCAUACGCCGCGUACUGUGGACGUGACCGAAAUAAUCUGUGAUAAAUAUUAUUAACGACUUUACGUCUAAUAUUUUAUAAAUUCUCACCAAUUAUUCUAAGACUUAAUCUGCAUCAAAAUGGUGAGCGGUCGUGCGUUACAUUUCGUGUUCAAAGUGGCUGACAGAACCCUCACAGCAAAAUUCUACCGAGACAUCUUGGGAAUGAAGGUACUUCGCCAUGAGGAAUUCAGCGAAGGGUGUGAAGCGGCAUGUAAUGGACCAUAUGCAAACAGAUGGAGCAAGACUAUGGUGGGCUACGGCCCUGAAGACACACAUUUUGUUGUUGAGCUUACAUACAACUAUGGUAUCACACAUUACGAGACCGGCAAUGACUUCAUUGGACUUACCAUACAGUCUAGUGAGAGUCUACAGAGAGCUGCAGCCAAUAAUUGGCCAGUGAAGCAACAGAAUGGGCUGAAGUACUUGGAAGCACCUGGUGGAUACAAAUUUUUCAUUGUUGAUAAGCCGGAACCUGUUGGGAAAGACCCAGUUCAAAAGGUGUCGCUGGCCUGUUCCAACCUGGCGAGGUCCAUCGCCUACUGGAACGGCCUGUUGACGCUCAAAAUCUUCGAGAAGAAAGACAAAUCCGUGGUCGUGGGCUUCAGUGAGGACCAGGCCAAGCUUGAGCUUGUUGAAAUUGCGGAGCCCAUAAAUCGCGCGAAAGCCUACGGCCGUAUCGCGUUUGCCUGUCCCUUCGACGAGCAGCCAAUCAUCGACAGCAAGAUCCAGGCCGCCGACGAGAAGAUCCUCACGCCCCUCAUCUCGCUCGACACCCCCGGGAAGGCCACCGUGCGCGUCAUCAUCCUCGCUGACCCAGACGGCCAUGAGAUCUGCUUCGUCGACGACGAGAGUUUCCGCCAACUAUCCCAGGUGGACCCGGCCAGCGACGCCGAGCUCGACAAAUUCAUCAAAUCAGACAAGUCGCGCUAAGUAAUUCCUUAUCUAUGCUACAAGUAUGUUGAUUAGAUGUUAUACAUUCGUUCGAGUAUUAUUACUUUGUUGCUAUAUUUACUAAUACUGAAGCCCAUUUCAUAAAUGUUAAACAGUAGCACCCGCUUAAUACGAUCACGUUUAAUACGAUUAGAGACACGCCAUUUUACACUGCUCCCUGCAACUUGUUUUCAUAAUUUUUUUACGGUUCACUUUUGUGCUUAAGAUGUGUAUUUGACGUGGUCCCUUUAGAAUAUUCUUAAGCGGGUUUACUGCUACUAACAGUACAACCGAGGUUAUGUACUUAGUUCCAUACCUGCUCAUAGUUUGACAUAAUUAUGCCAAAAUUAAAAAUAUAUUAGCUAUUUAAUGUUGGGUAUGAAUUGGUGCCAAUGAUGAUGAUGCUCAUCGGUAUCAUUUUUGAUACCAUUGAUGCCGAUCGGUUGCUACCAAACAUGCCAAUUGCUGGAUCCUCAAACUGUCAUGUUUGGGUGAAAUGGGUAUUAGGUAACUGCUCAAACAUUUUUGAAUGUUCAAACCUAAGCAUUGAGACUUGUUCUCGUAUGUCUUAAAUAUUUAAUUGUGUAUAAGACCUUGUAUAUUUUGGUCCGCGAAAAACACUGUAUUUUAUCGAGCUUUUAUAUGUUGUAUUUGUAAGUUGUGCUAACAUCACAAUUUAACAUUAGCAUUCCACAAAUUAUUAAUUUACAUAAAUAACAUACAAUAAUAAUUAUACUAUUAAAAUGUUAUUGUUGUCUCUUGUUCUGUUUAUUAAAGUGAUAUCUUUUAAUAUACAAUUCAAAUAAGUAGAA